AUGCAGAGAGCAGCAUUGAGAGGGUCCGCACUUCGACCGAUCCAACGGUUAACAUGGCACCGAGGACGCCCUUGUCGACGGUACGAAAGCUCUUCGGUGCUUGCGAGAACGCAUGGCUCUGCGUCUCCGUCUAGUGAUGCGAGCCCAUUCCCUGUCUUCCGAAACACCAACGAGUUACGUGCCGUGCGCAGGCGGCUUCUCUGCAAUGGGAGUACGGUGGGCUUUGUCCCCACCAUGGGAGCCCUACACGAAGGACACCUUUCUCUCGUUCGACGCGCCCUGAAGGAAAAUAGCCACGUGUUUGUAUCCAUUUUCGUCAACCCGACCCAAUUCGCCGCACACGAAGAUUUGGACUCUUAUCCUGUCACGUGGGAAGAAGACCUGGCCAAGUUGAAGAAGUUGGAAGAAGAAUACCUCGAGGGCGCCGAGGCUAUGAGUCCCCGGAGGCCCUCUUCGAUACGUGGGAUCUUCGCCCCGACGGUGAAGACCAUGUACCCUACUCUACCUCCCACCUCGGACAUUGCGGGCCAUGGUUCGUUCGUCACAAUUACUCCUCUAGGAUCCGAGCUCGAAGGAGCAUCGAGGCCCAUCUUCUUCCGCGGCGUCGCGACUGUCUGCAUGAAGCUGUUCAACAUCGUACAGCCCGACCGAGUCUAUUUUGGGCAGAAGGAUAUCCAGCAGUCCGUCCUGAUCAAACGCCUGGUCAGGGACUUUCACAUACCCACGGAGGUCCGCGUUGUGGCUACGGUAAGAGAACCGGACGGGCUGGCCAUGAGUAGCCGAAAUGUAUACCUGGGUGACAAGCGCAGGGAGGAUGCCACCGUUUUGUCACGAGCGUUGUUCGCCGCGCAGGACCUGUACAAAUCCGGCGUUUUGCAAGUGAAACGCCUCCGUGCGGCGGCCUUUGACGUCUUCAAAGAGGACGCGACUCGGUCUCGAAGUGACGGCCGAGUAGGACCCAGUGGUCAGAUUGAUGUCGACUACAUCGCCAUGUCCCAUCCGGAUACCAUGGGCUCCAUCCAGGACGACGAAGAACUGAACCCCAACAUUGGCGGGAUCUUGAGCGCGGCCAUGAUCGUAUCUCCUGUGGACAGUCCCAAAACGCAGCAGGAGCUGAAUCAGAGAAGCGUCAGAUUGAUCGACAACGUCAUCUUGGAGCCGAAAGUUGAUGUGAAAUUGAGGAGGGAACGAAGACAGCAGGCAGCGGCACGCCAUGCGGCAAGUGAAGGGGUGGCGGAUGAAGCCACGGAACCGCAGGACGCGGACCAGCAGGCCACCCAACCCCGGACGGCGAGUCCACAGACGUUUCGAAAGGUCAAAUCAUUAAGGAUCAAAGCAUAUCCCACUCAUAUGUUGAACAAAAAGAGACUAAAACAAAAGUCGGUGCCUGUUCUCCAGGAGGGAUCACCCAAGGUCGAGGAGGAGACGACAGUCAAGCCCGAAGACUCGAAAGCAUGA